AUGCUAAGCUCGAAAACAUUCCUAAAUCUAAUUCGCGCUGGUCGUUUCAGACUGUCUUCGACAUUCGCGCCAAAGCCUGCAGAGAGGACAACUCAACAUGCUGCAUCGAUUUGGGUAGAAUUCACCACAUUGGCCGCCGAAACUAAAGCCGUCAACCUUGGACAAGGGUUCCCGGAUAGCCCGGCCCCAAAAUUCGUCACAGAUCUCCUCGAAAAUCUGUCAAAACAGCCGGAAUUCACUGCAGCCCACCAAUACACACGUGGAUAUGGUCAUCCAAUGCUCGUUGAUAUUCUUGCCAAGAUGUACUCACACUUCUACAAUGUACAGGUCGACCCGAUGAAUGAAGUUCUUGUUACGGUCGGAGCCUAUCUGUCGCUCUACUAUGCGUUUUUGGGAUGGGUCAACAAAGGAGAUGAAGUUCUUAGGAAGUAUUUAUUCUCGUGA